AUGGAGAAACUAGAAACGCAUCUGAAGCUAGCGUUAGCUCUUAGUGACUGCAGCUGUCAGAAGGCUUCUGUGAAAAUAAGGGGAUACAUGGCUGCAAAAAAGAUGCAGUUUGAGCUGAUUCGGGUGGCCCAAGGAAAUUUCCGAUUGGGGGUUUUGACUGGAGUAGGCAGGACUGGAAAGUAUUUGCUGAACACACCGGGCUGUCUGCUGCAUACACACCUCGGUACAAUCCCACAUCUAACCCAAGACACGCUGCACACAUUGAAGCAACUUCCCUGCGUCUCUCAGGUCACCCUGUCUGCAUUAGCAGAACACCAAGAAGUCUUGGAAGAGUUCAAAGAUGGUUUCCAAAAGUUUGCAGGUCUUCAUGAUACACUUUUGUAUUGCUCACUUCAUGACCCAGCAGCCUCUUCUCCGACAGGAUAUACCACAAAUAAGACAGUGUCGGUCUGGGGCAGUGGUGGCAGAAUAGAGCUCACCGUGGCAAAAUUCGUGGCGUUGCUAAAGAGCGUGCAACCAGACUGGUACCAGUGCAUGGCAGACGGCGAGACCUGGCAAAGCAACACCUCCAGAAAAAGAGUUCGGAAAUCUGUGGAUCGAACCCUUGCCCAUUUGGAUGAGUGUCUUCUGGCGCACCAAACAUCACCGGAGCUUAAAGAAACGGAGGUGUUUGGAGUGGUAGAGGGAGGAGACAUCCGGGAGGAGAGGGUGCGUUCUGCCAGAGAGACAGCGAAGAGGCCAAUGUCAGGCUUUUGUUUGGAUGGUCUGCAGACGGGCUCCAUGGACCAGGCUCUGAGGACUGAGCUCAUCACUGCUGUGAACGCAGAACUGCCUGAGGACAAACCCAGGCUGCUGCAGGGUGUGGGGCGGCCGGAUGAGGUGCUGGCUUGUGUGGAGGCCGGCGUGGAUCUGUUUGAGGGAUUCUUCCCCUUCCAAGUGACUGAGCGUGGCUGUGCCUUAGACUUCGACUACAGCAUCUGCCCGGACCCUGAGCGCGCAGGUACAGCCCCCCCUGCAGUGCUGGAGCAGGAUGGAGUGGAGAAACCAGCGGUGGAGAGGCAAACUGAUGCAGACGUUAAUUCUGGCGAUCAAAUUCAGAUGACGCCAUUUGAGAUCAAUCUAAAGGAUAAGAGGUUUCAUGACGACUUUGGGCCACUGGUGGAGGGGUGUGGCUGUUACUGCUGCCGGAACCACCAGAGGGCAUACAUUCACCACCUGCUCGUGACCAAUGAACUUCUGGCCAGCGUUCUGCUCAUGAUCCACAACACGGCCCACUACCAGGGGUUUUUCAGGGCUUUGAGAGACGCACUGGCCAAUGACAAGCUGGAUAUAUUGAAACGCAAGAUCCUUGGGGACUAA